AUGGCGGCCGAGCUGGAGGGCGGCAAGGCGCUGGGCGGGCUGCUGAGCGGCCUGGCGCAGGACGCCUUCCACGGGCACGCGGGCAUCACGGAGGAGCUGCUGCGCGUCCAGCUCUACCCCGACGUGCCCGCCGACGAGUUCCGCCCGUUCCUGGAGAAGAUGAGGGCGAUUCUUAAGUCUAUUGCGUCUGCUGACAUGGAUUUCAACCAGCUGGAGGCAUUCUUGACUGCUCAAACUAAAAAGCAAGGUGGGAUCACAUCUGAACAAGCUGCUGUCAUUUCCAAGUUUUGGAAGAGCCACAAGACCAAAAUUCGUGAGAGCCUCAUGAACCAGAGCCGUUGGGACAAGGGACUUCGGGGCUUGAGUUGGAGAAUUGAUGGCAAGUCGCAAUCAAGACACUCUGCUCAAAUACACACCCCUGUUGCCAUAGUGGAGCUGGAAUUUGGGGAAAAUGGGCAGGAAUCUGAAUUUCUGUGUCUGGAAUUUGAUGAGGUUAAGGUCAACCAAAUCCUGAAGAACCUUUCAGAGGUAGAAGAGAGCAUCAGCACCCUGAUGCAGCCAGCAUAACCGAAGAUGUAGGAAGAGUUGUUGACGCACAGGUGACCGUGGCCCUAGCCACCGACCUCUUCCAAGCCUUGCUUCAGGGCUGGAGUGGUGGCUCAGCAGUCAGAGGUGCAGCCGGCAAAGCCUGAUGGCCCGGGUUCAACUCCCCAGUCCUACAUAAAGCCAAAUGUACAAAGUGUUGGAAUUCAUCUGCAGUGG